AUGAAAUAAUUUAGAACGCGGCUGGCUACCGGGGUUACUAUAGACAGAACAACAUAGUGACAUCAUUUAAGCAAAAGAUUAACCAUGUGAUGGAUGACUAAAUUACCAAAGAGGAGUUUUCAUCAUGAGGACAAAGCUUUCGAAUAGCCUACUCGAUAUUGGGGAAAUAUGUAGACUACGAACGGAUCGGAAUGCAUUGCAGAGGUUGUCUCAAGCUGUGGGGGUCAUACGUUCCAGCAGUGUUCUGAGCAAAGGAUGACGUUAAAGAGGAGCGAGCCAAACCGUGAAUAUUCUACUACGGUAUCCGUUAUCUGGACGUACGGGAGUGGAUAUUGGUACAGCAACAUGUUAUAGGAAGCCUGGGUUAUUGACAAAAACAAGUAGAAUCAAAUACGGGCUGCCAUCUGCAGGGACCCCCACUUUUGAAUUGAACGAUGACUGGACCCAACGCCACUAGCACUUGUUCAUCUGCAGCUAAGAUGGGGAGGCACCGAUCCAAAAGUACCAGUGGCAGUACGUACUGCAACUCGAGCCCGGGUGCUGAAUUUGCCACCCUUAGCACCCCCAACAACGCUGGACGUUCGUCGGGAGAAGAAGAUGAGAAAGAUGGGGGUGUGCUCUUUUACGUGAACAGAACUGGUUUUCCCAUUGAGGGUGUCACUUGGGAGAGGAUGUGGACUCAUGUAGCCAAAGUACACCCCGAUGGACAAGACAUGGUCAGCAAGAUAAGGAAUGCUGCAUACCUUCCCAAACACCCUGUGCCAUCGGUCCCCAACUUCAAGCCCUCCAUGUCUGUCCCUGCCUGGCUGCUGGCCAUCCAGAACUACAUGAAGACACUGCAAUACAAUCACACGGGAACUCAGUUCUUUGAGAUAAGGAAAACCAGACCAUUGUGUGGGUUGAUGGAGACUGCGAGAGAAAUGAUCAGGGAAUCUCUUCCAAUCAAAUGCCUUGAAGCUGUCAUCCUUGGAAUAUACCUGACCAACGGGCUGACGUCGGUGGAGCGUUUCCCCAUCAGCUUCAAGACCCAGUUCUCAGGGAACCACUUCCACCACGUGGUGCUGGGCGUCUACUGCAACGGACGCUAUGGUACGCUGGGCAUGAGCCGCCGCCAAGACCUCAUGGACAAGGCCUUGACCUUCCGCACGCUCAGCGAGCUGGUGAUGGAGUUCGAGGACUCGUACCGCCGCUACCAGCACACGCUGAAGAAGGUGAAAAUCGGCCUGUACGUGCCCCAUGACCCGCACGUCUUCCAGCCCAUCGAGUGGAAGUACCUGGUGCUCAACGCCGCCCGCCUAGGGAGAGAGGACAUGAGGAAGGAGCUGGAGAAACAUGGCCGAGACAUGAGGAUGAAGAUCCUGAAGUCAUCGAGUGCCCAGUCUCCCAUCAAAGAACGGACCAGAGGCAAGUCUCUCUCCCCCCACCGCCGACAGAGCAGCCCCCAAAGACGCCACAUCCACCGGAGAGACAAGUCACCUGCAGCUCUGGAUCGAAAGCCUGCAGAACUCAGUACCUUGAAUGACGGCUACCAGAUCCGCAUCUGAGACUCAUUCUCCUGGUGUCCGCGACCCACUACCCCCAUCCCACCCUCUCCUGUCCAUGGUGCUUCUUUCAUGCACUCUGACCCCCCCCACCCCCCAGUCCGCCUCACAAACCCUCAAAUGGGAUAUCUAUUUAACAGACAUUGUGUAUAUCAUAUUCAUAAAGUAUUUAUAGGGUUUUACCAGCCUCUUCUAAAAGGGUGAAGAUGAUGACAUUAUGCUCAGUGCUACACUGGAGGUUGACAUCCAGUACGAACACAUACAUCAUAAGUAUUUCAACAUUGCUCUACUCCUGAAGGACAGUAUGCAUUCUGUAUACACAUCUAUUAUGUUUUGAAUAAAGGACUUAUGUCUAAAUAGCGGACAUCAUAUGAAGAUCUCUCAUGCCUUUAGGGAAGUACAUACUGUACGUGAGGGUGCUCUACAUUGUUUUAUGUAAAAAGGAGAUCAACAGUUACACUUCAGUCACAUUUACAAUGUGAAGUGAGCUUUAAGAGUUGUGAAUUUGAUGCUGACACCAUGUAAAAAACAUCAAAUAGUGUGACAUAUCUAUUUUUUCAAGCCCUUCAUAAAAUGUAAAGAUUCUUUAGAUUGAAUAGUUGUUGUUUUGCCUAAGCCUGUAAAGAAUGUUGAGUAGUUAUCCGCUGGGCUGAGCUGCAGCUCAGUGUGAUGAUUAGAAGUGAAUGAGAGAGAAAGAGAGAGGUACUGUAGGCCUGAGGUGAGGGGAACCCAGAGGGGCCAAAGACCAAAGCAGUCAAGCAGAGAGCUUGCUGAGUACUGCGGCAAACCCCAGCCUUGACUGACUCCCUGUUAGCUCUGGGUUAGAUGAUCCCCUCUGUCUCUGUCGGCCCGCCCUCCUUUCUCACAGAUACAGCAUAUACCAGGGAUCCCCAACCCUGUUCCUGGAAAGCUACCCUCCUGUAGGUUUUCGCUCCAACGCCAGUUGUAACUAACCUGAUUCAACUUAUCAACCAGCUAAUUAUUAGAAUCAGGUGUGCUAGAUUAGGGUUGGAGUGAAAACCGACAGGACGGUAGCUCUCCAGGAACAGGGUUGGGGAUCCCUGGUAUAGAUCAAUUCAUGUUUUAAGCAAUUGUUCUUGUAAAGAAAUCAAAGCUGGCUGACAAUGAUGCUUUGGAGCUUAGCCAGAACAUGACCUUUUAUUCCAAAAAGAAUUUGACAGUGACGUUGGGUUGAAUCUAGCCUAUGCGGAGUCGCCCUAAAACGUCUUUCUACGCCUGUCACGUUAAGUUAGGUUCAAUCAAAUGUCAUCUCUUUUAUGCCUCACUAUACAGUUGUAUGCAAAAACAUAUGUUUGAUAAUGUUAUGUAGUUCCUAACUAGAGGCCUUUCUUGAAGUUAAGAAUGCAAACACUGAACUGAACACCGCAAGACGGACAUAUCAAUCAAAUUAAAGCUCCUCAUUUGCCUUCUUAACUGCCUGGAUGCAUUGUCGAAAUUGUUUAGAAUGUUUUUUUAUUGUAUUCAAAAAUCAUCAUCAGAUAUGCAGGGGGGUGCCAACUGAACAAUAUCAGAUUUUGUAGCAUUUGGUUAAAGAAGCUAUGCACAUCAAGCAAAUAAUGAUAGAUAACCGUAUGUCUUCCUCCAUCCAAAGGGUUUCUAGAUUGCAGCAGAAUUGAAAUCCAGUCUUGUUAUAUUGAAUUUUGAACAAUAUCAGUGCAGUGAUGUUUCAUAUGAUCCUUUUUGAUUAGUGUGAAUUGGUGCUGCUAGUCUGACAGUAUACCAUUAAGGCCAACGUCAUUGGUACCAGCCGUCUGAAAGACUACUCUAAGCACAAAACAGCCAGCUUAAUAUUUGACUUUGGUUUUACAAUCCUACAGAAGCACAAUGCGCUUCUUUUUUACACAAUACAAUCCUUUGUCUAAUCUAUAUAGGCAAGGUUUAACACUCUUAUUGUUAAAAACUGCCGUAAUAAAGACUUAACGGGAGAAAAGACUGCUUUCACUGCUGCAAAUCUGAGAACUGAAAGAUAGUACUCGAAAGGGAUGUAGCUUAAAUUGAUUUUUUACUCUUAACUGUUUAGUUUUGAGAUAAAUCGUGUUAUGGAUGAGUUCCAUUGGUGUACUUUGCUGUUUCUUGAAUAAAUAUAUUACUCAGUACAGUGUUUAAUCAUGCAGUUUGUUGUUUUUAUGAUGUGGUGGAAACACAUCAUAAAACACAUUGUUUUGAUGAUGAUGAUGAUGAUGAUGAUGUGUGAUUUUAAAGAAGGACACUCCACAUUGUAGCAGUAUCAAUUUUCAAAGGCCUUGCUUUGUUAACAGGUUGAACACUAAAUAGGCUUGAAACGUUACGUACCAUCCAACGGGAUACGGUGGAAGAAAAACGGUACCACUCCUCAUGAUGACUGUAGAUGGAUUUUUUUGCGAUUUUGUAUUUACUAAAUGGUGGUUUAAAAAAAAUAUAUAUAAGAAUCAAGUUAUCUGAAUAACUACCUAAUAUGACUAACCUGAAAAAAGCUGCCACCACUAUAAUGUACCACCACCUACUGCAUUCAGUGGAUGAUAACUUGAAAGGCAAUGCUGUUGGGGCUAAGCGCUACUGAAUAUUUAGCUGUUUUCUAAGCAUGAUGUGGAACUCUACUUAACCUUUGUGUUUACAACUGUAACUCAGCUUUUAGAUGAGACUACUUUACCUGUAUUAAAGUGCAUUUCAUGAGGGGUGUUCUCUUGGCCUCUUCUCAUAAAUGGGAAUGUAAGUGACUAGAACUCUGGGUGUUAGUGUUCUUUCUAUACUAAUGCUAGAGCUACCAGUUGGCUGGUAAUGUUGUCAUAUCUUUCUGGAAAGGGCUGAUUUUUGACCCAUUGGCUGAAGUGGAAGAGGAUAAGUAUGAAUGGUAGAUCAACAGCAGAACUAAUGGAAGCAUUUCUUAAGCCCCGUUUAUACCUGGUUCUAACAUGCGUCCUUUGUCCUGAUUGUGUCCAGAUCCUGAUUGUGCCCACAUUUGUAGACCGGUGUAUACAAUCAAAAGACACAUUAUGAUCUGAUUGUGUGGGCACAAUUAGAAUGUGGGCAAGAUCAGGACCAAGGAUGCAUGUUUAGUGCCAGGUACGAACGAGGCUUCAAAAGCCCUGAUGUGGCUAACAGAACUCACUAUUCUCUUGAAAUGAGCCUUCAGAAUCUGUCCCUGUUGUUUUUACAUGUAUGAUGAUGACAAAGUGUUUUUUUUUCUUCAUUAUUACCACUGGUGGAAGAUGAUGUCCUCCCAACUCCUACUGUCACAAUGAUCAGUUGACAAUGUUUUUUAUCAACUGUAGCAUGUUAUAAUAAAAAAUGAUUUAUCUUUUUAA